UUUCUUGGAUUAGUGUACGUGUUGAGCCAACAGCAGAGAAUCUCAACACUCCAAUCUUUGAUAAUGGCAAAUGCGAUGAGAUUCUUCGAGCUCAAUACCGGCGCUAAGAUCCCGUCGGUAGGUCUCGGAACAUGGCAGGCCUCUCCUGGCCUCGUCGGCGAUGCCGUCGCCACCGCUGUUAAGAUUGGCUAUCGUCAUAUUGAUUGCGCUCAGAUGUAUGGCAACGAAAAUGAGAUUGGGGCAGUUUUGAAAAAACUGUUUGAAGACAGUGUAGUGAAACGCGAGGAGUUGUUCAUCACCUCCAAACUCUGGUGUGCUGAUCAUGACCCUCAAGAUGUGCCUGAGGCAUUAGACAGAACUCUACAGGAUUUGCAGCUUGACUACCUCGAUUUGUAUUUGAUGCACUGGCCUGUACGAAUGAAAAAAGGUUCUGUAGAGCUUAACCUCGAGAACCUUUUGCCAGUAGACAUUCCUAGAACAUGGAAAGCGAUGGAAGCACUCCAUGAAUCGGGAAAGGCACGAGCCAUAGGUGUAAGCAAUUUCUCGACCAAGAAACUAGGUGAUCUCUUGGAGUUAGGUCGUGUUCCUCCUGCUGUUAAUCAGGUCGAGUGUCAUCCUUCUUGGCGACAAACUAAGCUACGAGAGUUCUGCAAAUCCAAAGGAGUUCACCUUAGUGCGUACUUUCCAUUGGGUUCUCCAGGAACAACGUGGCUUAAAAGCGAUGUUUUGAAGAACCCAAUACUGAAUAUGGUUGCGGAGAAGCUUGGAAAAUCUGCUGCUCAAGUUGCACUUCGCUGGGGACUCCAAAUGGGUAACAGUGUACUUCCCAAAAGUACCAAUGAAGGAAGAAUCAGAGAGAACUUAGAUAUUUUCGACUGGUCAAUACCCGAUGACUUGUUCGCCAAGUUUUCUGAGAUUGAGCAGGCUAGGUUAUUGAAUGCUUACUUCUUUGUUCACGAGACACUGAGCCCUUACAAGUCUGUCGAAGAAUUAUGGGAUGGGGAGAUAUAAUAAUCAGCUAGCGAUAUAUUUGUUUUCUGUCUGUGGUUUUUGGUUUGUUCAUGAAUGUUACAGAAAAGACUUGUCACUGAGAUAAUUUACGAUCAUAUUUGUUUAUAUUUUAAAUUUUGAAUUUUGAAGUAAAAGAGAUAUGUGUUUUUUUUUUGAA